AUGCUCAGCUACUUCUUGAUGGGCGAGUUCUUCAUGGCUGCUGGUGGUCCGCAGGGCUCGGACGGUGCUGCGCCGUUGAUGGGCCGGCGCGGAACAGCGGAGAAGAUCACCAUGACGGUACCGAGGAGGAGGGGGUUCCCACAGUGCUACCAGUCGAUGUGGAGGCCCCAGGGUCAUCUGUCUGGUCCACCGGCCGCGUCGUCGUCGUCCGGCUGUCCUUCGUCAACUGUCGAAUGUACGGAUUGGCGCUACGUCGGCAACGACGGAGGAAAGUGUGGGUCGUCUGACAGAGCAGGCGGUGGAGGUGCGGAAGUCCCGUCCUGUCCAAUAGAGUCUGGCGGAGCGUGGCACGAGGGAGGCCGAGGAGAAGGCGAGUACCAAGGAAAUAUGAGCGCGGAGCGGAACGGUAGAGGACGGUCUGAGUUCAGUGGCCAGCUGGGCCAAGACGGCGCGGGACUUGGAGCGGAUGGAUUCCAGGUGCGGAAGAAAAGUGAACGAUCGGUCGAGGGUGACCCCAAGAUAGCGGAGGCCGAUGCCGUGCGCAAGGAACUGGGUGUUGAGUUAGGUGAGUCCGCAUGCAAGGUGGCCUCCGAGCAGCCGCUCGGAGACGGAGGAGGCGAGGAGACAGGUAUCGUCGGUGUACUGCACCAGGUAGGUCCCAGGUGGGGGCUGCAAGUCGGAAAUGUGGAGGGCGAACAGGAGAGGCGAGAGAAUGGCGCCCUGGGGGACGCCGGCGAGAAUGGGCCGGGGUGCGGAAAGCGUCCCCUCAACUCGAACCCGGAAGGUGCGACCCCCCAGGAACGAGCAGAGGAGACGGACCAGGUCCAAGAGCACCAUGCCCGUUUGUUGCCUCCUGGCGAACCCCUGCACCACCAGGAGCUCCACACGAGCAAUGGCGUGGGUGGUGGAAUGACGGGGGCGGAAACCGAACUGGUGAUGGGGGAGCAGGUGAAGGGUGUUGACCUGAAGAAGAAGGCGCCGGUGGAUGACUCUCUCUGCGAUCUUGGAGAGGAUGGGGAGAAGAGAGAUAGGACGAACGGAGGUGGGUAUGGAGUCGGAGCCGGGGGCCGAACGGAACUUGAGACGGGAGAGCAGAGAGGUGACUUCAGAAGGUGUGACAAGCGGGAAGGGCAGGGCAUCAGGGAGGAGAGGGAGAGUGACGUGACGGGACAAGGGAGAAGGAGCAUCAUCAUCGUCCGAGGACUCCGACGACAAGGUGGGGUGGGGGCGGAGGCGAAGGUGGUGGCGAGGUAG